AUGCUUCGUCUACUCACUCUUAUUAUUUUUCUUACGACUCUCUUUUUUACUCUCUAUUUGAAAAGCAAAAAGUCUCUCUCUCUCUCUCUCUCUCUCUCUCUCUCUCUCUCUCUCUCUCUCUCUCUCUCUCUUUCUCCUCUUUCCUUAUUUUCUCUCUCUCUCUCUCUCUCUCUCUCUCUCUCUCUCUCUCUCUCUCUCUCUCUCUCUCUCGUUACGUUAAUCGUAGCACCAGAAAUGGUGCUGAUGGAAAAUUACGAAAGAAUAAAUAAAGCUUGGGAAGUUAUUACUAAUGUAUUAAUACCUUCCUCUUUGGGCUCUCAAGCCACCCAGCUGACUGAAGAUGAAGAAAUCAAGUUCCAAGAGGCUGUUGAGAUAAUGCACGAAUCCCAGCUGACUCGAAUUAUUGAGGAUUGGUUCAUUGAAUGUGUUCAGAAGGAAAUGCAAAAUGUGGUGGUACCCAAAUUCUGGGAUUAUUUUCAUGGGGACUGUAGAGCAGGAAUACUAUUCAAGAACUCUUUGAAAGAGACCAUUACCACACAUUGUAAAGCAAUGCUUUUCACUGCAAGAGACCGAAAAAUCUACAAGGCUACUGAAGAUUUUUACAUGAAGGCAUUCAAAGUUUAUCAAAAUGAUCAAGGUGAUGAAGAUUUGGAUGAAUCCAUUAAUACAGAAAGAUGUGCGGGUUGUGAGGAAAAACAGGACAAAUGUAAAUGUACAGAAUUCAUGCAAACAUUUCACACCAUCAACAGAAAACUUGAUAAAUUAAAUUUGCUAAGCAAAGUGGCUGGGUCUUGUAUCACAACAAUUGUCCAUAGAACAACAAAACAGCACAUUGAAUAUACUUGUCGAGGAAAUGUUGAGACUUCAUUUUUGGAAAGUUUAGAAAAGUGGUUGGAUAAGAAAGUCUUAGGAUGGUUAGACUUGGUUUGGUGUUCUGACCAAAUGAGUCCCACACAGCUGCAAUCAUUGAAAGAAUUUAAAGACACAUUACGACAGUACAUGUAUGAGAAUUAUGCACGUACACUUAUUGACCAAUUAUUUAGUAUCAUUAUUGACUAUCCAGAAUCAGAACCAGCCAUUCUAGAUCUCAAGAGUUGUUUAAUGAAGACUGACCUACGAUCACACUUGGUAGUAUCACUCAAAGAUGCUUUAGAGAGCAGACUUUUACAUCCAGGUGUGAAUACUUCAAACAUCCUUGCUGCUUACAUCUCUGCAAUCCGUGCUUUACGUGUAUUAGACCCUGCUGGUGUGAUUCUAGAACUUGUUUGUGAACCUGUCCAGAAGUAUCUCAGGGGCCGUGACAACACAGUUCGUUGUAUAGUUUCCAGUCUUACAGAAGAAGGGGUUAAUGAAUUGUCUGAUGAGUUAAUAAGAGGUUUACCACACAUUGUUGAUGACAACACUGCAAGUGAUGAUGAAAAUGAGGACUGGAACAAGUGGGUGCCAGAUCCAGUUGAUGCUGAUCCUGCUUCUAUGUCCAAGCUGAGAAGAACUUCGGAUAUAAUCAGCAUGUUGGUCAAUAUUUAUGGGAGCAAGGAACUGUUUGUGAACGAGUAUCGCAAUUUGCUAGCAGACCGAAUUCUGUCACAGUUCAACUACGAUACAGAACGAGAGAUCCGCUAUCUGGAAUUGCUCAAACUGCGAUUUGGGGAAGCCCAGCUUCAUUACUGUGAAGUGAUGCUGAAAGAUGUCACAGAUUCAAGGCGCAUCAAUUCAAUCAUAAAGGAGAACAAAAAGAAAGAAGAACCUGAAAGGGAAGAUGAUGAGGAUAUUGAAAUCAACUCCAUGAUUCUAUCUGCUCAGUUUUGGCCAACAUUCCGAGAAGAGAAAUUAAAUUUACCAGACAGCAUGCAAAGGUGUCUGGAAAAUUACACCAAAAAGUUUGAAUCCCUCAAAGGAAACCGAACACUUAUCUGGAAACCCCAUUUAGGACUGGUGAACAUUGAUAUUGAAUUGAAAGAACGAACUCUAAACCUGAAUGUUUCUCCUGUUCAUGCAGCAAUCAUUAUGCAAUUUCAAAAUAAAGAUCAAUGGACUGUAGAAGAACUCAGUGGGGUUCUUCAAAUCCCAGCCACAGCUCUUCGGAGAAAAAUAGCUUAUUGGCAAAGUCAAGGUUUACUGAAAGAAGAAGCAACUGAUACUUUCAUCCUUGUAGAAGAACAGAGAGCUAAUUCUGAUGACAUUAUGCUAGCUGAUGAAGAAGAGACUGAAUCAGCCAUGGCUUCAAUGAGGGCUCAGUUGGAUGAACAAAUGCAGGUUUUCUGGACAUACAUUGUAGGGAUGCUGACCAACUUAGAAAGUCUUCCAAUUGAACGUAUUCAUUCUAUGCUACGCAUGUUUGCUGUACAAGGUCCCUCCACUGUUGAGUGUAGCAUUGGUGAACUCAAAGCCUUCUUGGAUAAAAAAGUGAAAGAACAAAAGUUGAUAUAUUCAUCUGGAGUUUAUCGUCUCUCACGAAACAACUAA